AUGUGUACCACCACGACAGAUACACUGGAGAUCCACGCCAAGUUACUGCCAUUGGAACACCAGAUACAAAACUUAUCCUAUCAAGCUGCAUUAUGUCUCGCUUCGCACCCCACUUCACACCCACUACACGCUCCGGUCCAACGCGCGGCAAAACGAUUCGUUAUGCGACACAAAUCAUCCCUUCACCACCUUUUCCAUGCCUCGGAACUCGACAUGGAAUCAGUAGAAACCAUAACACACAGUAGACGCCCACCCAGUGCAAUUUCCCCCUAUUCCAUCAACAUCGCAAAUUCCCGUGAACAAGCAGUCGUCAACCACGAUCUUAAUGAAGACAAGUACAAAGUUUAUUGCGAUGGUUCUGGUAUAGACGACAUGAUAGGAGCCACAGCAGUCUUAUAUCGGAGAGGACGCCCACAACCAUGCAUCUUACACUAUCAUCUUGGAUCUGCGGACGCUCACACUGUCUACGAGGCAGAAGCAGUAGGUUUAACACUGGCAGCAAGACUCCUAGCAUUAGAAGACGACCUCACAUACCCCAUAUCCAUAUACGUUGACAACCAAGCAACCAUCAAAUCAGGUGAUAUGCUCUCAACAAAAUCCGGUCACUACUUAAUAGAUAAUUUCCGCAGUUCAAUCAAGCAAUUGAAGAAAGAUAGCAAAGACCACAACUUCAAGAUCACCAUUCACUGGAUCUCGGGACACGACAGCGAACCGGCUACCGAAAUACCUAUGCAAGGGAGUGUUGCCCAGCAGCCUAUCAGCACUGAAGCGCAAAGGCAGGAAUCAUGCGCUCGCUGGGCUAGACAAUGGAUGAAGUCCCCACGCUAUGCACGCACCAUCAGAUUGGACCCCCAUCUCACAGCAGCCAGGAAAUCAUUCACAUCUCUAGUCCAACACCUACCAAAGCGACACAUCAGCCUCUUGCUAUGGCUGCGUACAAGACAUAUAUCCCUCAACCAGCACCUAUAUAGGAUCGGAAAGAGCAUCACACCCAGUUGCCCUCACUGUGUAAACACCCUGGAAAUGGUCCAACACUACCUUCUCAUCUGCCCACAAUACGUGUGA